AUGCCUUUGGAUCUGCAUCAUAAUCAAUUUGGGAUUAUUAAGUUGCAUUCAACAUCAUACUAUGCUCAAGAUAACAGUCAAGCUAACGCUACCAAUAAGAUCAUAGUAAAAGGAAUCUCAAAGGUAAUAGAUAAUAAUCCAAGAAAAUGGGAUGAAUUGUUGAUAUAUGCCCUAUGGGCCUACAGGACCUCUAAAAGGGAAGCAACAGGAGUUACUCCUUUUAACUUAGUUUAUGGACAUACUCCAGUAAUCCCUGUUGAAGUCAACGUAAGGUCAUCUAGGGUAGCCCAACAGAUGGGAUUAUCAAGAGAUGACUAUUCAGAAGCAAUGACCAUUGAAAUAAUGGAUGGUCUAGAUGCUAAGGAAGAAGCUUUGGCCAAAAUGAUAAUCCAAAAAGAAAAAGUUGUAGGGCAUAUAACAAAAAAGUAG